AUGUUGAUUUUUCUUGUGGUACUUAGUUUGACGUUGAUUUCUAUUUGCACGACAGCAUUACGUGUAACAAAUUACAAUGAAACAGAGGCUAAAAUUUUACUUAACCUUGCAGCUGGGGCUUAUUCACUACAACCUCAAGACUGUGUUAAAAAUACAUUACCAAGCCGGGAAGAAUGGAUAAUCUACAGUUCAGGAAGCACCACAUGUGAUGUUAUUCAGAGUUCGUGUGCAUUUUACACGAUCAGAUCGGAUAUUUUGAAAGAAAUAAUAAUCAUAUUCAGAGGAACAAAAACACGAAAGCAGUUAUUCCUAGAAGGAUGGCAGUCACUGAAUAAUGGCAAGAAUUUUCUUGGUGUUGGAAUGGUAAAUCCCUAUUUUUCCAAAGCCAUUAAUAAGAUAUGGUCAAAUAUUGAGCCUCUUCUCAGAGAUCCGAUAUUUAGAUCAUAUCGAGUUACUUUUACAGGUCACUCUUUGGGUAAGAUCAAAUUUCAUUAUUAACA